AUGGAUUCCGCUGCGGAUUUCCCCCCGUUUCAAGAACGGCUGACAUCGUCGCUUCUGCAGAUGACGCGCACCGUUGGACAGCUCUCCGCUGAAGAUCUCAAUUUCCACCGAUCCUCAAGCUCCGAGGUCUCCGAGUCUCUGGAUGAGCAAGGCGGUCGGAUCCUGUCUCUCACUUCGUCGAUUCUGAAAGCCGCAACCGCCGGCACGGACAUAUCCGCACCUGUUUUGAACGAUGAGGAUUCCAUCGAGGAUAAUUGGCGCGGCGUGGUGGAUGUGAUCGAUGCGCUACUGGAAAAGGCCGAUGCGUGUUUGGAUGAGUUCACUGGCGUUAUCAAGAAAUUGAGCCCGUCGCAGCAAGAACAAAAUGCCGCAAAGUCGUCGACGAAAAAGACCCCGUCCAAGUUCCCUACCAUUUACGACUACGGUCCGUCAAAGAUACCUAAGCCACAGGUUGAGUUCCACCGCGCGGUGGACAACACCGACGUCUCGCCUUUCAAGCCUUUGAUUCGCUCGAAGCCACAUGCGAUGGUGCCGUUGGAGAAGUCGCUGGAGGGCUAUGUUCACCCCUACGAGCCGGAGAUCCGCGCCUCGAAGUAUCCGGCAUCUAUAUAUGAGGUUUCUUCGCCUGUCGAUUACCUGCCGUUUGAGUCUACGACUGCUACGUUUGUGGAUACGAUGGAAGGGGUGAUGGAAAUGUUGGGUGAGCUGAAGUCGGCCAAGGAGAUCGCGAUUGAUUUGGAACAUCACGAUGUACAUUCGUAUCAUGGCCUUGUGUCGCUGAUGCAGAUCAGCUCUCGCGAGAAGGAUUGGGUUGUGGACACGUUGAAGCCGUGGAGGGAAGAACUUCAGGUGCUUAACGAAGUGUUUGCGGACCCUAAUAUUCUCAAGGUUCUUCACGGAUCGUCGAUGGAUAUUAUCUGGCUCCAACGUGAUUUGGGGCUGUACGUCGUCGGCAUGUUCGAUACGUAUCAUGCCGCGUGCGCCUUGAACUACCAAAAACGGAGUUUGAAAUUUCUUUUGCAAAAGUUCGUCAAUUUUGAGGCCGACAAGAGGUACCAGAUGGCCGACUGGAGAAUCCGGCCUCUCCCAUCCGGAAUGUUCGACUACGCUCGUUCUGAUACCCAUUACCUUCUUCACAUAUUCGAUCAUCUGCGCAAUGAGCUCGUCGGGAACUCUGUGCCUAAUCAUAACCUCAUUGAUUACGUCUUGGAACAGUCGAAGAAUGAAGCCCUGCAACACUACGAGCGUCCUGUUUACGAUGCCACUACUGGACAGGGUCCAGGUGGCUGGUACGAUUAUCUGUGCCGCAAUCCUGCCGUCCUCAGCAAGGAACAGUUUGCAGUUUUCAAGGCCGUGCAUCAAUGGCGUGACGAGGUCGCCAGAAUCGAAGAUGAGGGUGUGCAAUGUGUUUUCCCAAAACACAUUCUAUUCAAGGUUACCCAUGUCAUGCCGCAGGAUCUGGGUACCCUAUUCCGGACCUUGUCGCCAGUGACGCCUAUUACCAAAGACCGGUCGUCGGAUCUAUUGGAAGUCAUCAAGAAGGCGAAAAUCGAGGGUGCCACAGGCCCCGAAUGGCGCGACGUUUACGUAAAGCCUUCCAAGACAACACACGCAGUGCCUGCAGUAGAGCCAGGCCCUACGAUGCCGCUUACCGACCGGGCGACACACCCCACCGCUGCUCGCUAUGAAAAGUCCCAGUUCUGGGGCGGAAUAUUAAACUCCAAAGAACCUCUAACCCCUCCUGAAUACUCUGCCGUUGCCUCUGUCGAAGCCCUUCGGCUUUCCCUACCCCUUCCGCCCAUGCCACGAACAGUUUCCGAGGCGCGCCAGAAACUUGGCGAAGCCGCGGCAGCCGCCAAACCCUCACCCACCACAGCUCCCCGAGAAUCUCCCGAGGACAUCGAGAGGAAAAUAUUUACCGUCAAGGAAUUGGGUGGACCACGCAAACGCAAGGCUGAUCCUGCUCCCGCUGGAGAUGUCGCGCAGACACCUUCUCCGGUACUUGACGACAUAAGCGCCACCAUCGAUCUUUCAGGGAAACCAUCGAAGAAACAGCGCCGGAAGGAUAAGAAGAGCAAAUCUGGUUCUCAGACCCCGCAGGAGUCGAACCCCCAGGAAAUGGAACCGCUCAAUUAUGAGGCAGCAGACUCCGUACUGCACGCGCCGACUACGCAGGGAUCAGGUCUGCCGAAGAAGGCACCUUUCAACCCCUACGCCAAGGCAAUGGAUGCGCCGUUUGGUGCGCGCAAACAAAAACGAGAGAUGUCUGGAAAGACGUUUACUUUCCGGUAA